AUGUCGGUGUGGUGGCCGACGAAGGACGACUUGGCGUGGGCGGCGAAGGUGCUGCGCGAGAGCGGGAAGCCGAAGAUGACGGUGGGCGAUCUCAAGGCUGCGCGCUGGGUCAUGGCGGAUUCUCCGACUCCGGAGAACCCCAAUAACAAAGUGCAGUACCUAGCCAUCCGUUUGCUGUUCAUCAAGCCCAAGCUGUUCUCGCGGACGACCAUGCUGUGGGAAGUGAUAAGGGAAGGCGAUGAGAGCGGAAACACGUUCAUGAUCAAAGACAUGUGGUGCGAGCGCAAUAAUGACGACUUUCAUCAGAAACUGGCCAAAGGGUUUUACUUCGCGGAAGCGACGGCGGAGACAAAGUGA